GGCGAUUCCGUCCCGGACUAACGAGCGUGGGAUAGCUAUGUUAUUUUCGAAAGGGUUUGCAGCGAGUGUAUCCUUAUUUCCCACCACUUUAUCCUCUGGAUUAGUGUUUGUUUAUAUCACGCGUCAAACGAAGCCGGAGCCAUGAAUGUGUGAAUGGGCCUAGAGGAACUAUAACAGCAGAUUGGGAAUUAGGCAGCGCUGCAGUAGGUCAAACUAGACUCCUCACUCCCACGUUCUAAUGAGGCCAGGGCAAUGCUGACAUCUCCUCUGAAUCCAAAGACAUCAUCAUGCUGAAGACGGAGGUCGGGGAGAGGACCAGCCUCCGGAGUGCCUCCCCCCACCGUAAUGCCUACCGGGCUGAGUUUCAGGCGCUCAAGAAGGCCUUUGACCAGCCUCGGAUCGAUGGAGAUUCAAAGCCCAAAGACCUAGAACGGGUGAAACAACCGAGGGGUCGCCAGUAUGGCACCCACGUCAGCCGCAUUAAGGACAUGUUCAUGCAGAUGGGCUCUGAAAAUGCAGCAGCUAAGACAAGGGGUCGAGAUGAUUCUUCGCCACAAAAGCUGGUCAAGCCCACUAACUUCAUCAACAAGGCUGACGGAUCAGUGAUAAAACUCCAGCAUUCCUCGUCGGCGGAAAGGAUCGGAGGUGCUGGAGCAAAGUUCUCUGAAACCAGGAAGCUGUUUGAGCAGCAGUCACGUGACCAGUCCCAAUCACCAGUCUUUCCCUAUGGACGUGAUAAAAGAGGGUCCCAUGAGCACCUCGAUGACUGGCGAGGGGCAAGAUCCAAUCGAGGCAGUACAGACUCCUUGGACUCACUUUGCUCCAGAACAGAAGCAUCCUCACCGACUGUCAGUCAACUCAGUGCUGUUUUUGAAAAUGCCGACCACCACAACCAGGGUGUGCCCUACAGAGGAGUCAACAGACGAGCCCUCUACUCACCAGACGGAUUUCACCGCCAUGGAGGUGAUCUCAGCGAGGAUGAUUCACGACAGUCUCCUGUUCGUGGAAACUACCGGAGCAGGAUAGGUGGAAAAUUUCCCACAUCCUCGUCCUCUGAGGACCUCCUGAGCCCAAGUCCUGGGGCAGAAACAACGGAGCUGAAACCAGUUUCACGAGAGGAGGAAGCCCAAGAUAAAGCAGACCAGGUUGAGACCACAGGUGGAGAUCGACGGCACCUUUCUGGGGCCACCACUAAUGGAAGCCAGGUCAAUGGUUCAUGUGAAGAAGAGGAGAAACCUUCAGAAACAAGAAAACAUACUGAGGAUCUAGGGGUGUCCAAAGCUUCGAAACCUGCAGAUGAUGCUGUGAUUACUAACAAAGCUUUCAAAGAUGACACUCCAGAGCUCCUGCCAACCCCAGCUACGCCAGCUGAAAGCCAGGAGGAUGGAGAUGGUUCAAGAGAAGACAAGCCCUCUGAAUCCCCCAAUGACCAGGUGGAAAAUCCUGAUGAGGAAUACACUGGGAAUGAGCGGGUGGUUUUUAACGCAGACGGGGACGCCUGUUACCAGGGUUGGGGUGAAAGCUGCACAGAUCCUGAGGAUGACCUCUACGGCGACGAUGAGGAUAUUGUCUACGACCCGGGCUCUGAUCUGACAGAGAUUCCUGGUCUGCCAGAAGAAAACAAAGAGGACAUCCCCCCAAAGAGAAAGAUUCGCUUCAGUUCUGCUCCCAUUACGGUCUUCAACACCUACUCCAACGAGGACUAUGAUCGACGUAAUGAGGAGGUGGAUCCUGUGGCCUCCUCCGCAGAGUAUGAGCUGGAGAAGAGGGUGGAGAAAUUGGAGCUUUUCCCUGUGGAGCUGGAGAAAGAUGAGGAUGGCCUGGGGAUCAGUAUCAUCGGGAUGGGUGUCGGUGCUGACGCAGGCCUGGAGAAGCUGGGCAUCUUCGUCAAGACCGUCAUAGAGGGUGGAGCUGCUGAGAGAGAUGGCAGGAUAAAGGUGAACGACCAGAUCGUAGAGGUGGAUGGGACCAGUCUGGUGGGCGUCACCCAGAGCUUCGCUGCCUCCGUCCUCAGGAACACAUCAGGAGUGGUUCGGUUUGUGAUUGGCCGAGAGCGCCCGGGCCAGCAGAGCGAGGUGGCCACUCUGAUCCAGCAGACCCUGGAGCAGGAGAGGAGACAGAGAGAGCUGCUGGAGCAGCAGUACGCCCACUAUGACGCUGAUGAUGACGAGCAGACAGGAGAGUAUGCCACAGAUGAAGAGGAAACCGGGGACACGGUGGCGGGCGGAGAGAAGAGCAUCGAGGUGUUUGACUUGCCGGAGACAGAAGACAUCUUGUCUCCCUCGGAGUUAGAUGCCACUAAACUCUACCAGAAGUUCAGAGAGCUCCAGAUCAAACACACAGUGACUGAGGCCGAGAUCCAGAAGCUUAAAAACAAGUUGACAUCAGUGGAGAGGGAGAAGCAACGCUGGGAGAAGGAGAAGAGCCAGCUGAAGGCCAGCAUCGAGGAGAACAAGGAGAGGAUGUUGAAGCUGGAGAGCUACUGGAUCGAGGCGCAGACCCUCUGCCACACCGUCAACGAACACCUGAAGGAGGCCCAGGCCCAGUACCAAGCUCUAGAGAAGAAGUACAACAAAGCCAAGAAACUCAUCAAAGACUUCCAGCAGAAAGAGGUGGAGUUUAUCCAAAAGGAGGAUGCAGAGAGGAGGCGGCUGGAGGAGGCUGAGAAAGCUCACCUGGCUGAGAUCCAGGGACUGCAAGUCAGGAUUGCAGCAUUAGAGUCCGAGCUAAUGCAGCUGAUGAAGCAGAACGGCAUCCAGGUCAACAACAACAACAGCAACAGUGCUCAGCAUCAUAGCCCUAGCAGGGCUGCAGCACAAGCCAGAGAACUGAGGGAGGGCUCUCCCUACUCACCCAGCAAAAAGAAGAGCUAUAGAGGAGUCACCCGUGACAGCAUCAGCUCUACAGAGGGAGAGGUAUCAGAGGGACACGGCAGUCCUUCUCACAGUCGUUCCAGUUCGAUUCGUAGCGUGGCCUCAUGUGAUGGAGGAGGAGCUGCAGUGCUCAGGGCUUCCUGCAGUGCAGAAAACUCCCCCAGACGAACUGUGCCCCCACCAUCCACCCAGGAUGGUUGUCAGUCUCCUGCAAUGUCGAGCCCUUCUCACAGUCUGGACGAGCACAGACAAGCUCUGGACGCUGGCUCCGCAGAGCCGUCAGCAGAGGACAGUCCAGAGAAACUCAAGGCCAAGACCUCUCUUACAUGGCCCCACUUCUUCUCCUAUUCAUAUUACUUGGGACCCACUUUGAACGACGAUCUGAGCGCCAGCAGCAGCAGCUCAGCGGAGAUCAGUGGUCUGCUGAGUGAAGCCAAGAUGUCUGGACGCUCACACACCCUGGUGCUGUCCUCAAACGAGAGUCUGGAUAUGAUAGAUGAUGAGAUCCUAGACGAGGGACAGUUUUCAAAGCAGUAUCAGUGGCAAAACUGCAGCAUUCCAGAGUGGACCUCCCAGCAAGUGGCCCGCUGGCUCAUGGGCCUCAACUUAGAACACCAUAUCCCAGAAUUCACUGCCAAAAAUAUAGAUGGAGAACAGCUGCUACAGCUGGAUAGCACUGAGCUAAAGGCCCUUGGAGUCACUUCUUCACAGGAACGUGCCCUGAUCAAGAAGAAGAUCAAAGACCUUAAAGUCCUGAUGGAGAAGGCCAAGAGGAACCGUGAGAAGGUGGAGAAACAGCGCGAGAAGCUACGAAAGAGAGAGCUGGAGCAGCAGCAGAAAGAAAACGCGGCAGAGUGAAGUGAAUCGUCAGAUCACCUCCUGCUUUACUGUAGCACCACAACAAGUAGCAUCGAAGAACAAAACGUCAGUAGGCCCCACGAACGAACCCUGAGGGACGCCUGCUCAGUAGUUCAAUAGUUCUCAAGUGGUGUCAGAGAUUGUCAGAGAUUGUUGAGUGACUUCUUCACCAAGCAAAUUAAACCAAAAUGAGCAGUUGGAUGAUAGGAUGCUGCCCCUUCAUUUGCCUCAUUUUAUACCCAUCCUGCAUUUUUAGCCAUUUAAGAAUUUACUCAGCUCUAUUUAUUUUGCUGUUAAUAGCUUGUAAAUUGGGUUUAUUUAUUCAUAUCCAGAGUAAGUCUGUGUGAAGUUCAUUUUAUCCUCAUCCCAUAUCAUCCUCAGAGCCAUCUGUUUUACCCAUCACAGCACCUUUAGACACAACACCCAUGUACAUAUACAGUAAUGAAUACAGAUACAAAUAUGUCUUACGUGCCAUUUUGAUAGACUUAUGUAUAUACUAUUCAGAUACAUUGAUCAGUGGAAUCUCUAGCUUGAAGCACCCACAGGAUCAGGCCUGUGUUGUGGAAUACAUGAGGCAGUACUCAUCUCUCACCACUGGGUGUCCCCAUGCUGCUUACUUUCACUACCAUCUAAGACGACACUGGAACUUUCCAACGGGAACUGAACUGGGAACCAAGUCUCACUGAGGGAAACUAACUCCCUCAGUAUUAGCAAGAACACUGGAAGUGCAAACACUGUAAAUGUAACCUCUGCACUGGCACCAUCCAGUGCUCCUUACAGUAUACAUGUACCAUAACUAACGCAGUUCUCAAAGUGUGAAUGACAAGGACAUGCCGUACUCAUUGGACUGGUUCUAAUGGAGACUUCAGGUACAAUGUAUUCAUGAAAUUUGUAAUUUACCAAACCCCUACCAUAAAAACAAAACAAAAUAACAAAAAUGGUGAUAAAAAAGAAACUCCCUGCUUAUAUGCAUAACGUUGCUUUGACUCUGCUUGUAACCUGCUUUUGACCUCUUUUUAUAUUCUCUCAAUAACAAAGUAAUACCCCGCUGCUGCCUUUAGAAAUUCUAGAGUAGUAGAAUUUUUCUGAAUUCUACCCGCUUCUGUGUGAGCGUUGAAACACAUACAGUAGACUAAACAGAGUCAUCCAUUUCUGAUUGUUACUUUAUCCUUUCAGAAGAAUCACAGGUCGAUGUGCAAAUGACUCUGGAAUAUUCUUAAUAAUAUUUAGGAAUGCUGCCAUACACAUCGAUCAUCUCUGUGAUCAAGGAGGGGGUGUGGAAAUUAAGGAUUAAGGUAAUUCUUAAGGAUUACCUGAUUACUACUGAUCUUAUACUGGAAAUUGCACCUGAUAGAUGCAAUAUAGAUUUGAUUUUUCUUAUGAAAGUGGUUCAGUAAGACUUAAAACAUUUUGAUUUACUUGUUAGAUGAAAACUUUUAAAUUGAUCUUGACCUAUGUGCUUUAUGCAGUUCUUGUUUUAGGAUUAUGAUGCCCACUGAGAGACUUGUUCCCUGUGUUACUUCUUUAUCAUUCCCAAGAAUCAUUCUGUAGGUUUACAGUAAACAUAGAGACACCAGUGUCACCGUGAUAGAAAUGAAGGCAGCUUUAGUUCCACUCCCUUUUGUCUUAAGAGCCCUGCCUGGUGUACUGUUAACAGGCUAAGAACAAGAAGAAGAGUUGGGGUUACAGAUACCACCAUGCAAUGCCACAGUAAUACAGGUAUCACUGAUCUGUUAAUGUUAUUAUUUAUUUAUUUCUGUAUUUAACGAAGCAACUGACUAUUGUUUAUGAUAACUUAUACAAAAUAAGAGUAUUAUUAACACCUAAUAAUGAUUCAUCCAAAAUUGUAUGAUUACUUCCUUUUGCCAAAACAUAAUUAAAACUGUUCGUUAAAAAUGUUUUAGAUUUAAGUGGUUGUUAUCAAAUGAAGGACAUACAGAGCAACAAGAAAACACACUAAUAACUCUCCCAUUGUGCUCGUGGUUUUCCUCUAAUACGACCAUAGUGCUACUCCAGUGCUAUCCCAAUAAACUGCUCAUGAUGUAUUCUUAUGAAAUAUUUUGUAACACUUGAACCUUUCUGUGAAUACCCUCACCCUGUUAAGUCGGUCAGCGGACUGCACUCUUUUGACUCUUUUGUAUGUAUAGUAAAAACACUGAGAGCAAUAUGCUGUAAGAAUCCUAAAGAAGCCUUGUUUUCUAUUGUGUCAGCGUGUGUACGCAGUUUGUCGGAGGAGCUGAGGCGGCUGCAAGGUCAGACCUGAGCCGAAACUCCAGAUCUUUUCUAUGUUGCUUGACUGAGCUUUGAGCCUGGCAUGAUGAAACCAAUGUGUGGAUGAGACCCUGGUGCUCAUGAGUCAUGUCUGGAAGGGUUUGUCUUUUGUGUACGUAGAGAGCAAAAAGAUAAUCACCGCAAACUGCUAGCCAUGCUUACACUCUUUUAAAAAAGAAGCUGUGCUUAUUCUCCUCCUCCUCCUUUUUUGCCAUUACCUUGCUCUCUUUUUUCGCAUUCUAAAAAAGUUUGAAAGGGCAGCUACCUGUCACACUGAAUAAAAUGUGCAGUCACUGUC